AUGGGGGACAACGUAAGACGCCUAACACUAAUCGACGCGGAAAAGUAUAACAGUCUUAUGAGACUUUUAGAACAGGCUACGAAACGUCAAAAAAUGUUAGACGAUUCAAAACAAACACAGGCUGAAGCGGAACUUGUAGAUAGUCAUGCCGAUAUGUUAAACAGUGUAAAAAAUAAAUCUUCUUUGGGCGGUUCAGACAUUGUGAAUUAUAUGCGUAAGAAAGAUAAAUAUCAGGCCGAGGUUGCAGCGAGGGCGUUACCACAACAACAAGAAACCGACCCCCACCCCCAACCCAACGCUCGACAGCUUCCACGGUAG